AUAUCCUAAAGGGUGAAAUAUCUUAGCUAGACUAGAUGAGGGCUUUGGCGGCGCGCGCGGCCUGCGAGAAUGCCUCGCAUUGCCACGCCAGGGCUGUGAAUUCCAGGCGCGCUGUUGGGGCUGGAAUGCUCAUCUUUGGAUUCUCCCUGCCUACACUCCCAGCACUUGCUUUGGGAGAUUCCACUGUCACACUGGAGGACGUUACUCCACCUGUAGCUCCUCGCGGCGAUCUUCCACCCAGUGAGGAACGGAUUGCCAAACUCUUUGAAAACAACACAUUCUCCGUGGUUAAUGUUUUCGACACCACACUUAAACCGGAGCUCAACUUGACUGGAUCAGUGGAGGUUCCAGAAGGUAAUGGAACAGGAAUUGUGUGGGACAAAGAUGGUCACAUUGUCACAAACUAUCACGUUAUUGGUAGCGCCUUGUCCAAAGGCCUCGGAAAGAAAAAACCUGUGGCUCGAGUUUCACUUCUUGUGGAGGACGGGGUUCAAAAGACUUUCCAAGCGACUUUGGUUGGCGCAGACAAGACCAAAGAUCUUGCUGUUCUCAAAAUUGAUGCUCCUGAAGCACUUCUCCAUCCAAUCUCUGUGGGAAAAUCCUCGAACUUAAAAGUUGGCCAGCGCUGCCUGGCCAUAGGGAAUCCAUUUGGAUUUGAUCACACACUCACGGUGGGGGUUGUAAGUGGUUUGAAUCGAGACAUAAACAGCCAGACCGGUGUGAUAAUUGGCGGAGGCAUCCAAACCGAUGCUGCCAUAAAUCCAGGAAAUAGUGGUGGUCCGUUAUUAAACUCUGAGGGAAAGCUGAUCGGAAUCAAUGCUGCGAUUUUCACUCGAACAGGCACGUCCGCGGGAAUUGGUUUCGCUAUUCCAGUGGAUGCAGUGUCGAGAGUGGUGCCUCAGCUGAUCAAAUAUGGAAAGAUCAUGCAUGCUGGUUUGAAAAUUCAAGUCGCACCAGACAUUGUUGCAAAACAGCUUAACGUCAAGAAAGGCUCACUAGUUCUUUCGGUUUUACCUUCGAGCACUGCUGCCAAGGCUGGUUUAGUGGCAACGCGGCGUGGAAUUGCGGGAAACAUUCUGCUUGGAGAUGUCAUUCUUGCAGUCGACAAUCUUUCUAUUAAAAACCCACCGGAACUAGCGAAAGCUCUGGACGAUCAUGAGAUUGGAGAUCGAGUCGUUCUUAAAGUCCAGCGCGAUGACAAGGUUUUCGAUAUACAUGUGGAGCUCGAGGAAAGUUUGAAUUAAUGAGCUUUCAGGCUCCAACUCAAGCGCAAACUUUGCAGCGCGGCCUCCUUGCUCCGAAUCAUUCAGAUCUUUGCAGGCGCCGAGUAAAGUCCUCCAGUCUCGAUCAUCAG